AUGAAUACAAUAUUGAGUAAGCUCAGGGGAAAUUCAGUGAAAUCAGAAGAGCAGGCCGGACAGUCAGCUCAGAAUGUCCAGGAGGAGAGUACUCUAGCAGAAGAACAAGACAGUAUCACUGGCGAUAUCUCUGGAAUGCUGACCAUUUACGACGAGUCCAUGAAGUCUCCAACAGAUUCAGCAAAAGAUUUCCCUUCGUAUGAAGUACCUUGUGAUGGCGGUUAUACAACGUCUAACAAUGUGACCUUUGAGGUGAUUUCUGCAGAAGUGAUCAGAGACGGCAGGUCUGGACAUGUGAAUUACACAAUUUUGAUCAACCCACACAAAGAAGUGCCGAGAUCCAGCCAAUCAGUCGUUAUACGCAGGUACUCGGAUUUUGAACAUCUGCAUCAUCAGCUAAGGAAGAAAUUCCCAUCACUUAUAUCUCGCAUUUCAUUUCCACGGAAAGUCUUAACUGGCAACUUUACCAGCGAAACUAUAGCUAAAAGAAGUGUAGCUUUUGAACAAUACCUGGCACACUUAUUUUCCUUCUUUGAGAUUCGAUAUUCUUCAGAGUUUAUGGAAUUUUUUGUUCGGGACGAGUUCACCAUCGCAGUGUCUUUCUUUCUGAGCAAGGAAUUCAGCAAUGCAGCUUCCCAUUUUGAAAACACGUUGCCAGUUUUGGAGAAACUUUAUGGCGAUUCACACCCUCACGUUUUUCAUUGCCUGUGUGGGCUUGUGGUAUCCUACAUGAGCAUAGACAAGUUGCCUACAGCUCACUCGUGUGCCGAGAUGGCCUUGCGAUGCUCAGGUUCAGCUGACGCAGAGCUAGUGACCGCACUGAUCUUAACGACCAUCAGACUUUGUUGGAGUUUAGGGAAGGACAAGCAGGACCUGGAGAAGAAAUUACAGACGAUGAGUGCUCGUGGGGUCAGUGUUCAUUCAGUCAAGGAUCUUCAUGAGCUGCUGCAAGGGACGUUUUACUUGAGAAGUCAGAAUGUUACCCAACGAAAAGACCUUUUGCCUGAGAAUAAAUAUGUUACCUAG